UUGUCAGUGAAGUGAAGCCGCACGGACUUAAAGAAAAUGUCUUACCAAACUCCACCUUACACUCCACGGGCCGACGUCACGCUAGACGAGAGAUCUUCUAGAAAGAGGAGAGCUGUUGGAGAUAUUGAAAAUGAAGAGGGAACAGUUGAGUCCAUUGGAAACUCAAUGGGAAUAACCUUUGAUAAAGCUAUUUUCAAGAAUCCGUUAAAAUCAGGUGAAAGUGCUACAUUGGAGGUUAAGAGUAACCUAAGGAAGAAGCUGGCGAGUGUAUUUAGUAAUAAAUAUUAUUUCACAAUUGAUGAUGGAAAAAUAUACUUGGUGCAGGAUUUACCUAUGGAUUUCUAUUUCCCAUCGAAAAGUAAUGAAGUGAAAGUAUAUGAUCACUAUUGUACUUUGAGUAAAAAAGCUCAAAUUGUUCAUGCUGGAUGGAGAAUGAAGUUUGUAGAGGGGCAACACUCUACAGAGAUAAAAGUUGGAGAAGCAACUGAAAUUAAGAAACAACAUGGUGACAUCAAAAUUUAUAUGGGAGAAACAUCAGAUGUGACAGAGUGUAACUUACCAAGUGAUGAUGUUACAGCAAUUGAUAGACAUUUAGAUUGUGCAAUGCUGGAGGAGGUUCAAUUAACUGGAGAUAGAUAUAAUAGUAUUGCAAGGUGGAAGCCUUCUAUUAAGGUUCCAGGAGAUGUUUAUAAUAAGACUGUGUUAAAAGAUUCACGGUGCUACAGACCAGAUCCAUCAGAUCUAAAGAGAAUGAUUAAGAAUGAUACGCCAAUGGCAAGAUUGUUACCAACAUGUGAUCCAGCUACUGAUGGAAAUGCAAUUGAUAGGAUUGCUUGGCAGAUUAAGGAGACUCUACUUCCGGCUCCGGUCUCCAUUCUCAAAAUUGAUCCUGGGAACUAUACCAUAUAUUGUGCUGAAAGGAUUAAAAGGAAUAAUGGAGAGGACUGCUACAUCCUGUCAAUGUACCUAGAAGAAGGAAAGGAUAAGUUCAAGAGGAUUUGGUGUCCUAUUGUUUUCCAGAACCUACUGAUUCAAAAUGUUAACUAA